AUGCGCAAGAAACGACGCGCUCUGGCUUGGGAUCCUCCAGAAAAGAGAGAUCAAUCCACGCUUCAUCGAGCCAACCGUCAAUCCACUAGGUCUGCUCACUCGAUCGCCUCUACUGUCCUAACUCGAGCUUCGAAUGUCAUCCAGAUUGCCUACAUUCCAGGAGUAACUGUCCGGUCACCCCCAGACUCACCAGGAUUCAUUCCACCGGUUCCUUCGAUCCCUGGAGGCAUUGCCUCCAACUCUGCCAACGGGUCACCCCAGCUGGAGCAGCAUUUCUUCAUGCCGAAAGACUUGAGAGAUUCGACCUGGUCGGACACUUCUUCCGUCGACCCGCGAAUAAGCCUUGCCCCGAGCUUGGCUCGAGCAAGCGUGGCGACGACGAUUUACCGAAGUGAUGCUGUUGUUCCACCUAUACCAGCUCAACAGGCCUUCCGAGCUCAAGCCAACGUCGUGAGUGUUAAGUCCGGUGCGAACACUCCAGGAAACUCGUCAACCCCAAGCGCGAGAACGCCACAGAUCCCGCAAGUCCCACAAAUGCCCAAAAUAGGCAGUAGCAACAGCUCUAUCGUCGCGAGAAACGUCACUGCGCGACCUAUCGAAGUCAAGAAAGCCAGCUCGGCGACCAGGGUACCAACACUGGCAAAUCUGGCGAAAGAAGCCUCACGAAAGAGCAGUACGGCUACAAGCUCAAAGGAGAGCAUUCCGUUCUUCGUGGAUGAAAAGGAAGUGGUUCCUUCACCCGCGACUUCAACUCCCCUGACUGUCCUCGAUGAGUCCCCAAUAUCACCCCUGGUGAUUCCCAAGCAGCCCUUCGCAGCCAACCACUCGGCGAGGUCAUCGUCGGUGAGCGCUAUUUUGCCUUUGGAGGGGUCUAAAGGAGGUUCGUCCCCGGGCCCUACACAUCGGCAUACCGGCAGUGCCACCUUGAGUGCCGCAAUCGAGGACGCCAUCAAACGUGCCCGGAAUCCCGAACACAUGAACGUGAGCAGCCCGACCCUACGGCCGGAACUGGUCAAGCAUGAUGCGGGACCGUUUUCAGAUGCCAAUGAAGUGAAGGAGAAUUUGCCUUGA